AUGUCCUUGGAAGAGAGGAAGUCACUACGGGGAGGGAGGCAGGGGCCCGCGCCUUCCUUCGGAGGAGCCGGUGUGCCCGGGAUCUUGGGACGCGCCAGCUGCCCGCCGCCCGCUCACGGGGGCCUCUGCCGCCCAGAGCUGCCGGCACCUGGGGAGGAUGGGGGGCCUCUGCUCCUCUUCCUCAUUGCCCGCCUGCUGGCUCCAAGUGACACUGCUGUCCUGGGGUGCUGCGUGGUGGCCAGGAAACUCCACGAAGGCGGCCUGAGCGACUUUGAUGGCUACAGCCUUGAAAACUGGGUGUGCCUGGCUUAUUUUGAGAGCAAGUUCAACCCCACGGCCGUGUACGAGAACUUGCAUGGUGGCUACAUGAGCCUCGGCCUCUUUCAGAUCCACAACAAUAACUGGUGCGACCGCGGCAAGAACCUGUGGCCCAUGCCGUGCUCUGCUUUACUGAACCCACAUUUAAAGAAGACAAUUGAAUGUGCCAAGAAAAUUAUAAAAGGAAAAGAAGGGAUGGGAGCAUAG